AUGGAAAACCUCACCAUCAUUACUGAGUUUCUACUCAUGGGAUUGUCUAGAAACCCCCAGAUCCAGACUGUGCUCUUUGUUCUGUUCCUGCUGAUUUACCUCUUGACACUGAUGGGGAACCUGAUGAUGAUCCUGGUGAUCAGGACUGAUUCUCACCUUAAAACACCCAUGUACUUCUUCCUAGGUCACCUGUCAUUUCUGGAUCUCUGCCUUCCUUCAGUUACCAUGCCCAAGAUGCUACAGAACUUAUUAUCUCAAAGGAAAACGAUCUCUAUGUGGGGCUGCACAGUCCAGAGUUUCUUUCUUAUAUUCUCUGGCAGCACAGAGGCCUGCCUACUCUCUGCCAUGGCCUAUGACCGGUAUGCUGCCAUCUGCCAUCCUCUGCUCUACAGUGUGGUCAUGAGCAGGCCUCUCUGUAUCAGGAUGGUGAUUGCAGCAUGGACAGUGGGGUUCCUAAACUCCUUGCCAAACAAUCUUUUCAUUUACAACUUACAUUUCUGUGGCCCCAAUGUCAUCUUUCACUUCUGCUGUGAGCUACCUUCACUCUUCCCUCUGUCCUGCACUGAUCCAACUGUCAAUGAGGCCCUUCUUGCUGGGUCAUGUGCAUUGCUAGGGUUUGUGACUCUUCCCCUGAUCUUCUUUUCUUACUCUAGAAUCAUCUCUGCCGUGCUAGGCAUCCGUUCUUCUGGGGGUCAAGGUAAAGCCUUCUCUACCUGUUCCUCCCACCUCGCUGUAGUGCUUUUGUACUAUGUAACCGCCUUGUUUAGGUAUGUGACUCCUCUCUCAGGCUCCAUGUUGGAGCAAGUGGUCUCCAUUCAGUACAGUAUGAUCACGUCUUUGCUGAACCCCCUCAUCUACAGCCUCAAGAACCAGGAGGUGAAGGCAGCUCUGCAUAAAAUGUUGAAGCAGUAA